CUUUGCAGCGCAGGCGCACUGUUGUGUUAGCGGUAGGCUGAGGUGUACUUCAUUCAGUGUGGCCAGUUUACAGCGGUACUUUAAUACUUAUUUAGGGAUAAAAAGACCCUCGUCAGACUUCAAGAUGAUUCGGAUAGCUGCGUUUUUGACAACACUGGUGGUUGCCUGUUUGGCGGAGAGCUGCAAGGACCCAGUGAUCACCCCGUCGGCCUACACGACCUCUGACGCCGUCAUCUCGUCGGAGUCUGUCUUCAUCGUGGAGCUCAGCCUGACCUGCGCUAACGGAGCCCAGAGUGUCACUCUGUAUGCUGAUGUCAAUGGAAGACAGUUCCCUGUGACUAGAGGUCAAGAUGUUGGAAAAUACCAGGUGUCCUGGAGUCUUCCCCACAAACAGGCCAGCUCAGGAACGUAUCAGGUCAAAUUCUUCGACGAGGAGUCCUACAGCGCCCUCCGAAAGGCUCAGAGAAACAACGAAGACGUAAAUGCAAUUCAGCCUCUCUUCACCGUCAACAUUGACCACCGGGGUGCGUGGAGUGGCCCCUGGGUGUCGACUGAGGUCGUGGCUGGCCUGAUUGGCAUCGUGGUCUAUUACAUGGCCUUCAGUGCCAAGAGCACCAUCCAAGCAUAACAUGAUCCGCAGUCACUGCCUGUGACAGCCGGAUCUUUGAAAAGACUGAAUUCUGGCGGAGCUGGAUUAACUAAAUCCAUCACCAUCGCUGCAGCCGAACCAACAGGCUUCUGCCGCUUUCUGCUUCCGGGAAACAAGCAGAGGUUGCAGUCUUGAUUUCUUUUAUUCAGGCUGUUUUUGUCUUUUCAGACAAUUUGUUUUUUGUUGUCACAACCUGUCCUGUCCAUUUAAAUGGGCAUUUUUCAUUUUUUCUAUCAUCAAAUCAGAUUAAUCUGAACAAACAUCAAACACGCUCUGCAUUCAGACCAGUUUAAAACCCAUUGAUUGAUCCACACCAGAACUGUCUUCUGAGUGGGUGAACUGGUCAGAGUGGGACGUGCAGAUGGUUUGAACGCCGGUCGAGUUGAGUUUUCCGCAAACAUGAAAUGUCAACAGAGUGAGAGCGUUGACUGGUCAGAACAAGGCUUUGUAGACGCGUCUCUUCCAGGAAGAUUAAUAAAUGGCUUCUUGUUA